ACAAGGGGCCGCCUUUAGGAAGUAUAAAUAGUGAGACUUCAAGAGCUGCGUCGCUAUCAGAUCUGAACUCUCCGCAGGAAGAAUUGUCAAAGAUCUUAACAUUGAACACGCGCGCUCCGGCAGGGAAGCAUCAGUUCCCAUUUCCCUCUGGCGGCCCCCGCCCCUUCCCUCCUCCCCCCUGUCCCCCCUCUCCCCUCCUCCUCUUCGUCCUCCUCCUCCUCCUCUUACUUCUUUUUCUCCUUCUACUUCUCUUCUUUCUUCUCCUCUUUUUCUUCUUCCUCCUCCUCCCUCUCCUCCCCCACCCCCUGCCCCAUUGAUGUGUUAUUAUUGGGGGGGCUGGAGCAGUAAAAAAAGAAGGAGGAAAAAAAGAGCGGGGCUCGGCAGGGAGAGCUUGAGCGCGAGGCUGACCGGCAGCGGCCGCGAUGGAAGAACUUACAGCGUUCGUCUCCAAGUCUUUUGACCAGAAAGUGAAGGAGAAGAAAGAGGCCAUCACGUACCGGGAGGUGCUGGAGAGUGGGCCGCUGCGUGGGGCCAAGGAACCGGGCUGCAUCGAGCCGGGCCGCGACGACCGCAGCAGCCCGGCAGUCCGGGCGGCCGGCGGAGGCGGCGGCGCGGGAGGAGGCGGAGGCGGAGGCGGAGGAGGCGGAGGAGGUGCUGGAGGAGGAGGAGCAGGCGGAGGAGCUGGAGGAGGGCGCUCUCCCGUCCGGGAGCUGGACAUGGGAGCCGCGGAGCGGAGCAGGGAGCCGGGCAGCCCGCGGCUGACGGAUGUAUCCCCCGAACUGAAGGAUCGCAAAGACGAUGCGAAAGGGAUGGAGGACGAAGGCCAGACCAAAAUCAAGCAGAGGCGAAGUCGAACCAAUUUUACCCUGGAACAACUCAACGAGCUGGAGCGGCUUUUCGAUGAGACUCACUAUCCAGACGCUUUCAUGCGCGAGGAACUGAGCCAGCGACUGGGGCUUUCUGAAGCCCGAGUACAGGUCUGGUUUCAAAAUCGAAGAGCUAAGUGUAGAAAACAGGAGAAUCAGCUCCAUAAAGGUGUCCUUAUAGGGGCCGCUAGCCAGUUUGAAGCUUGUAGAGUUGCACCCUAUGUCAACGUAGGUGCUUUACGGAUGCCAUUCCAGCAGGAUAGUCAUUGCAACGUGACGCCCUUGUCCUUUCAGGUUCAGGCGCAGCUGCAGCUGGACAGCGCCGUGGCGCACGCGCACCACCACCUGCAUCCGCACCUGGCCGCGCACGCGCCUUACAUGAUGUUCCCGGCACCGCCCUUCGGACUGCCGCUGGCCACGCUGGCCGCGGACUCGGCCUCCGCCGCCUCGGUGGUGGCUGCUGCCGCCGCCGCCAAGACCACCAGCAAGAACUCCAGCAUCGCAGAUCUCAGACUAAAAGCUAAAAAGCACGCGGCCGCCCUGGGUCUGUGACGCCGACGCCGGCGCCACGGUCGCUGGAGCCUCCCGAGCGGCGCGACCCCGCACGCCCUCCCGCGAUCGGCUGCUUCUCCCGCACCCGCUUCGGACCGCCGAGGCCCGCCCCUUCCCCGCCGACCGCCUCCCGUUUCUUUCUGCUCCCUGGAUUCCUAGGGCCGGACUCUGCGUUGGACCCGGGAUCCCACGAGGGCCACCAGCCCAGGGGCUCUUGGGACUAAAAUUCGGCUUUGUAGGAGCGGGUUUGGAUGAGUCUGGCUAGAGCCUGGACAAAGGAGUGUGGGAACAGUGAGAAGUGGAUAGCGGCAAGACUGCGGCGAUGGACUCCUACAUUGAAAUAAAAUCGUGCUAACAACAAACGAGCAAAAACAAAAAAGAAUAGAGAACAAACUAGAGAGAAAAGGAGAAAGGGAGCUUGUUUCUUAUGGCUAUUUGGCUGGAAUUAGAAAGAGAACGACGAAGCAAAACAAGUCUAAAAAUUAUUUUGUACAUAAAAAUACGGAAAAAAAUAACCUGGAUGAAUCUUGAGAGAAAGGGGGGAGGGGUUUACCAACUAAAAUGUAUGUUUUUUUAAUGGUCCAAGAAAGCAAAACAGAAGGAAGAGGUAUACUUAUUUAAAAAAAAUUAACAUGAAAAAAAUGCGCAGCUGGGAAGUUCACAGGUUUUGAAGCUGACCUUUUUCUGCGAAGUUCACUUUAAUACGAGACAUUUGAUAAGAGAGGCGGGCCUCCUUUUACGUUGAAUCAGAUGCUUUGAGUUUAAAAACACCAUGUAUGGAAGAGCAAGAAGAGGGAAGACAGUGUGAAAACGAGGAGGAAAAAAAAAAGGACGUUAAUACAAAAAAAAAAAGUGAUGCCACAGACAAUGAUUCCUCUGAAAAAUUAUUAUGGCAGAACUGUCCAGACUGCUGACAGUAAAUUCUGGUUUGCAUGUUACUUGUAUUCCAUUGAUGGUGUCCCCUCCCCUCCCCACACUCAAUGUGCACUCUCUACACCUUCGUUCUCAGUGUGGAAAGCGUCUGGAUGUGGAUCCACAUCUAAUUUGUCCGGCCUUUAAUCCCAAGGGGCAAAGGGAAAAAGUCGGAAGGGAGUUACACACACUCUUGAGUCUUCCAAGAAGAUAGAGGCGGUUAGCAAAAUACAGGGAAAAGAAAAAGAGCAAAGGAAGCCAUGAAGGUAUACAGCCGUGCACCGUGCUAGACGCGUCGUCGGUUCCCUCCCGUUUUGUGAAUUCCCCUUGCUGGUUUCUUGAAGUCCUGUUUGAGGAUAAUGCUUUAUUUCCCCCCCUCUCUAUCCCGUCAAAUCCACCUUAAACGACACCCAGCUAGGUACAGACACUAGGUUUGUGUAUAAUAUGUUGAUAAACACGAACAAAGUUUAUUUUGGCUAUAAUGUGUGAACUAAUGGUUGACUUUCAGCAUUUGCAUUUUAUCUCACAAAGGUGUAUUCAUUCAAGUAAUCUUUUUAUUUGUUUCAAUUCAUGUAGCUAUUUAAACAGGGACACUUUGGGCUAAGCAACCUGUAGUCCAAAUUCUCUAGCAAGCCUGCCUAGGGCUUUUUUCCCCCCUUUUAAUUUACAAGAAAGAGGAAAAGCUCUUCUUACUGAACUUCGGUAUGCGUUUGAGCUUUGUAACUAUUUGUUCUCCAUGAAAACAAAAUUAUUUAUAUUUGCCAUAUUUUUUCUAGUGUAUUAAGUUAUUUUAAACAAAAGAUGCUGUUAUGAUGUGUUGUCAGUACAAAAUGUUUCGGCUCCACUUCUGUUAAACCAUUUAAAUAAGUGCCAAGUUAUUAACCGAAGACACUUUGCGAUCAAUUGAAUGAAAAUAGUAUUGUUUCAUUUGAUGGGGUUCGCGUCAUCUUUGUUCUUGUUACUAUUAAAAUAUCCGGG